AUGGAGCAAACAGAAGAGGAAAUUCCACACGAACCAUCCCCAACAGAGAUACAAAUCCCUCUUAAGGUUAAAUCGCUUGACGAAGUAGAAAUUGCUCCAGAAUUUCAAAACAUUGUUGAACUUCAGGAUAAACUUGAUACUUUUGUCGAAGAGCAAGUCAAAGAUCUUGCUGAUUGGAUCAGUAUCAAUUUCAAAUCUGACGAGCAAUUAAAUACGGUCGCUUCAGAGCUGAAUAUUUACGCAAAAAUAAGAAUCAAAAAAUUGCAGCUAUAUUCGCAACUGGCUCAGCAACUGGUAAUUAAGAUACCUGAUUUCAAAGAUCAUUUAUUCCUUAAAUCUCAUGGACGUUUAUUACGUUCAUUAUACAAAAAAGCUAUCUUUUCAGAGCAAGAAAUGCAAGAAAAACUUACUAGAAUUCCUCAGCAAGUUGGUUUCUUCUUACCUGAUGAAAAAAUUCUUCCUUCACAAAAAGUUAUAAAACAACAUCUCGGAAAAGUAUUUAAGCAAUGGGAUAACCUCAAAGCAAAUGACUGGGAACUGUUUUCUCAGUUGAUUGGAUACGGAUAUGUUAAAAAUACUCCAAGUUAUUUCUUAAAAUAUGACAAAGUUGAUCAAAUUAUCGAAACGAUUCAAAAAGAUCCAGAUUUUAUUAAAGAGAAUAUCCAAGACUCGAUGUUUUCUGAAUUUACCGAGAAAGUUGACAAAUAUGCAAUAGAUCGAGGCAUUUCUCCAUUAGCUUUUGCAGCAUACUACGGCAGUGUUCAAUGUGUUAAAGUAUUACUCGAAAAUGGAGCAGAAGUAGACAAAAAUGCUGUUGCAAAAGCAUCAUGUGGCGGAAGUAUCGAAAUUUACGAACUUUUACGGGAACGUGGAGCUGAUUUUCGUCGUGGAAUGUUCCCAGCACUUAAUUUCCGUCAUCAUAAGCUAUUUGACCGCAUAAUUGCAGAUUAUGGUUUAUAUCCAAUGCCAUUAAUCGAUUGUGCUUCAAGCGGAAGCAUCAGACAGAUCAUGUUUUGCGUUCAGAAUGGUGCUGACAUCAAUCACGUGUUCGAAAACCAUGGAACAGCUUUAAUUGAAGCUGCAUACAGAGGACACUACUCCACAUGUGAGUAUCUGAUAUCCCAAGGUGCUGAUGUGAACCUCACCGUUAUGAAACCACCUCCACCAGGUGAAAAUCAGCCAAUUGAUCCAGAAAAACUAAAAACUAAGGAAACGGCGCUUGUUAAAGCCACAGCAGUCUCAGAUCUCGACAUAAUGAAGCUUCUUAUCAAGAAUGGCUCUUCUUUCGAUGGAAAACUCCGUGAUUCAACUUUAAUUGAAAUUUGUGUUCAAAAACGUCGAGAUGAAGCCGCCAGACUUCUUCUAGAUAACGGAUACAAUGUAUCAGCAAUUCCAGAAGACAAAAAGAUCGAUAUUUUCAGAAGUUGUAUUCGAACACAAAAUGUUUCAAUGAUAAGAAUCCUUGCAACGCACGGAUUGAAGCCAGAAGACUCUCCGACAGCCCAGAAAUCAUUUGUUCAGAUCGCUCUCGAUGAUCCUGAACCAGAUCCAACAGUUAUCAAGACUUUAGUUCUUUUCGGAGCUUCAGCGAAUUUGAGCGGUUCUGGAAAAUCAAUUCCUCCUCUUUUUUCAGCAAUUCGAAGGAAGAAGUUCGAACUUGUCAAGACAUUAAUUGAAUGCGGCGCUUACAUGACAACAAUCUUUGAUAACGAUAAUCCUUUGGAUUGCGCAAUUAAACAAAAAGUGCCAGAAAUUGUUGAAUUUUUGAGAAAGAAAGGAUUGACAGAAACACCAAGACCUGUUCAACAAACACCGCGGCAACCACAAAGGCAACCGAAGAAACAAGCUCCCGCAAACAACCAAAACCAGAACCAACAGAAUCCACAACAACAACAAAACCAUAAUAAUCCACAAAACCACAAUAAUCCACAAAAUCAUAAUAAUUCUCAUAAUGGUCCUCAUUAUCCAGAAGGAGGAUUUCCACCUUUGUCUGUGGAAAUAUCGGAACAGGAUGCAAUUGAUAAGUUGAAUGGCGGCCAGAUGACGAAGAAUGAAAAAGACAGUGAUGGAAGAACUCCUCUUCAUUUGGCAGCAAUUUGCGGAUACCAAAAUCUCGCAAAUACUUUGAUCAAACAAUAUUGCGACAUAAACGCAAAAGAUAACCAUAACAUGACACCUUUGCAUGUUGCUUUGUUAAGCCAGAACGCGUCUAUCGCUGAGGCUUUGAUAAAGAGAAGAUGUUUGAUCGACGAAAAGGAUGAUUUGGGAAGAGCUCCAAUUCAUAUCGCUGUCAAAAAUGAUUUGGUCGAAAUUGUGAAAUUACUUAUUAAAUACGGUUGUAAUGUAAACCCGGCUUCUCCUCAUGUGUCAACACCUUUGACACUAGCUGUUUCACAGGAAAUGAGACAAGUGAUCUCAAGAGCUGGUGGUGUAUAA